GCCUGCUCUGUGUUGAGAGGACGGGAGAGUGGUGUCCGCACCUCCCCGCUUGUGACAGCCCCGCUCGCCACCGAUCCUUGGGCCUGAGGCAGCCACAGCACCGGGGGCACUAUGGAGCUUGGCAUAGCGGGGCUGCAGCGCUGUGCCUGAGGGCGGGCUGGGCCGCAGCGCCAUGGAUAGCCGGUGCUAUGGGUGCGCGUCCAAGUUCUCUGUCUUCAAGAAAGAGUGUGGCUGCAAGAACUGCGGACGCUCCUUCUGCUCGGCCUGCCGGAGCUUCAGUGCUGUUGUUCCCCGCUGUGGAAACACUCAGCAGAAGGUGUGCAAGCAGUGCCAUGGAAAACUAACUGGAGAAGGAUCUCAAAGCAGUUCAGCAAAAUGGUCACCACCAGAAAACUACAAAAAGCGUGUAGCAGCUUUUGAGGCUAAACAAAACCAGCUGAAAGACCAACAGAAGGCAGCUGCAAAACCCCCAGGUCAAGCAGGCUGCAGAUACCAGGGGCUCUCAAAAGAGGAUAGAGCGAUUGCUGAGAGACUGGAGAGGCUCAGGGAGGAAAGGAAACCAAAGUCCAUCCCCACUCAGGCUGAGAUUGAAGCUAGGCUGGCAGCCCUGAAGGAGGAUGGCCGAGGACCUGUUCCAUCCACACAGGAAAUGGAGGACCGCUUGGCUGUCCUGCAGGGGAGAGAUCCUCCUUCCCAAGCUCCCAGACCUGUACACCAACCUCCUGAUACCCGGAGUCUGGUCCAGCAGACAGAUGACCUCUUAACUCAACUGUCUGAGGAGGUUGCCAUUGAUGAGCAUUACAGACCAAGAGUUCAGCCUCAAGCUGUUAGUAGCCAGAGUUUGAAUGAUCUCAAUCGGGAAAGUGAAGAUAGCGUUUGCCCUGCAAAUCUGGACCCAAAACAGCUAGAGGAAGAGAAGAAUAAACUUCUGGCAGAAGCUGCUGCUGAGCUGCAGGAAGAGAACACUAGGCAGGAAAAGAUCCUACAGGUUGCCAAGAGACUGGCAGCACUCAAAGGCGAAGACCCUGAGAAAGUUACACUGGAAGCCUAUAAGCUCCCUGACAGUGAUGAGGAAGUGGCUGAGGAGGAGGCCAUUCGCAGAGUGCUGAAACAGCUCACAGAGGAAGCAGCCCUGGAUGAAGCAAGUGGAUUCAACAUUCCCCCAGAUCAGACCACCCAACCAGGAUCCUCACAACAGAACCUGUGUAAGAAAGCAAAGCAAAAGAGCCACACUCCAGCCACCACAGCUCUUGCAAGGGCAGAUGAUAGUGACGAGGAUGAGUUACCCUGGUGCUGCAUCUGCAACGAAGAUGCCACUUUGCGCUGCCAUGGCUGUGACGGGGACCUCUAUUGCCAGCGCUGUUUUUGGGAAGGCCAUGAGGAGUUUGACCUGAAGGACCACCACACCUCCCGCUAUCAUCUUCCUUGCAAACAGAAGUGAUCACUCUCUUCAUGGGCAGAAAAGGAGCUGGAGAAUGGAAAAACAGAGGAGCCGGCCAGAUGGAAGAAUCCAAGUGGAUUUGCAGCCAAAACGGGUGAUGUUUUGGACAGUUCAAGGAUGUGCUGUAAUCUGAGAGAGGCUUGGAGGGCGUGACUUUGUCUUCACAAAUACAGCUGAGAAGUGCAGGGUUUGUUGUGCAUGCUUGGGGAUAAAUGAGGACUUGAUAUGAGGAGGUGGAUACAAGUCCAUAAAUACAGAUGGUAAAGCAAUGUGGGUAGCAGUAAAGGUGUAUGUUUAAGGCAGUACUGACUGGCUGAUAAAUAACUUCCUGCUUUUACUAACAGCUUAUACACUGGUUCAACAGGCAGCAAAGCCCUUUGCACUGAGAAAAAUGUCUGCAUUGUGAUCACAUGUGUGAUGAGAACUUUCAAAGCAUAAUAAAAAUUAUUUAUUAUAGA